AUGGCGUCCACUUUCCUGCAAAAAGUCACAUCUCUCCCCAAGGUAGUCACAGUCACCGGAGCAGCAUCCGGAAUCGGUCUGGCCGCAGCCAAGAGCCUUGCCCAACUUGGCUGCGCCAUAUCUCUCGCAGACAUCAAUCUCGACAAGCUAGAGGAAGCAGCGGCAGCAAUCAAAGCCGAAACGCCCGAGGCCAGGGUCCUAAUUACUGCACUUGACAUUCGUGACUAG